AGUAAUACGGGGGCGGAGGAAUAAUCCAGAGUCGGUAGUAUUGAAGGCAUAUACGUAGUAGUUUUUCACGGUGGGUUACCCUAUAAACAGAACAGAGAAUCGAUUGGCUGAAUCAGCUGUUACACACAGAUACAGCGCUCACAUGACGUCACAGGCUCACGGCAAUAUCCGAAGGUUAUGAACUUAAUACUAGCUAGACCCACGUUUCCCAUGCGUUUUUUUAACAAUAUCCUGACCGGAUCGCAAACUCGGCAGUGAUAUUUCGUUCUCAAGUGUUACCAUAUGAUAUUACGAAUAAGGAAAAGUCGGUUAUUGCGAGGCAAUCGAUAUUAAUACCAAUACGCUCUUAUCGAGAAUCCUAAUACUGUCAAGUUAGCGACACAAUUUAUCCAAACGCAGCCAACAAGGACUUUAUUAAAAAGGAUAACUUGAAUCCGUAAUAGGCCUGCAGAUAAAAAAAAGUGUUCUUAAGGCUACAUUUAUUGUAUGUGCCUGAUGGUAAUAACUGUCUCAUAAGUGUCUGGAUAUUGUCCGGAAACUGCCAUUGAGAUGAAUAUUGUUCUGAUUUUAAAAAAUAAGUCCUAAAAACCUGUCUGUCAGCUCUCAGCUGUUGAGUGUCUAGGUAGUGUAGGGAAAAUGUCAUAUUGUGUUCAUCAUCAAUCAUUCUAGACUUAUUUUGUCUAAAAUUUUAAGUUAGUUUUUUUUAAAUUAUUGUUAGCACCAAAUUGCAUCAUUUAGAAAAUGUAAGCCGAAAUUUUUAAAUAUUUUAAUUGAAAGUUAGGACCAGCUCAAAUUGGAAAUCAGUUUUUAUAUUGUCUACUUAAGACAAAAAGUUCUUACAGUGUGCACGUUAUUUCAAAAGAGUGUUAUCGUUUUAAAAACUUGAAAUAUAGCAAGGGAGUUUCUCUGUUUAUAAACUCAGAACUACUUUGUUAUCAGAGAUACUUAUAUUACUACGUGUUGGACUGUGUGUGGUAGGAAUCUGUCAACAAGUAAGACAACGAGGACGACUACUGAUGGCGUUGGCAGCAAUGUCGUAACUAGUUGUUUACUACAUGGAAGAAAUAAGAAGAACCAAAGAGCAGAUCACGAAAUAUUUCUAGCGAUAAUCAGAUGGUGGUGAUGUAAACACGUGAUACAUUUUUUUUUUCUGACCAAAGGGACAAAAUCUAUUUUUGAAAUGGAUCAUUUCCACAUCUUCGACAACGGGAACCAAGUCCCCCCUUGGCAUAACGAUUCAAUGGAUGUGUCGAUUAAGGGUUGUUUUGUUGGCUACGACACAGUGGCCUGCAUAAGACGAAGUGUUCUAUCAGCCCUUAUGAUAGUUACAUUUGUCAUGUGUUUUUUCAAAGUAGGACGUUUUCAUGCUGUACACCAUGAGCAAGUUCAUCAUUAUGUCAUUUUCUACAUGGCUCUCGUUGAGUGCAUCAUUUGUGUUGUCAAUUGGAUGCUCAGCGGACACUACCCUGAACUAGAUUUGGGUGCAACAGCCUUAAAAGUUUUGCAACUUGUUACACUGUGCCAUUUUCAUUGGAUUCAAGCUUUUAGGAUCCUUCACAGAGAAACAAUUGCAAGAAAUGUCUGGUUCCCUCUGAUGGGUAUUUUCUCAACUUAUGUGGUGGCUGUUGCAGCAAUCGGAAUCUUAGAUGUGGGACCCAGCUGGACGGAAUGCCUCAAGCCAUAUUGGGUGAUGCUCUCUGCUGCAGAUUUUUUGGGUGUUCAGCUUUUUCUAAUAGCUGGCAUCUACAUAACUCGCAAAAUCAAUGAGGUGUCCACCUUGGAAUGUGUCAAGAAAACACAGAAAAGAAAUCUAUGGGCGGUCAUAUUUGCUUUUGAAGUUUCAGCAAUCACUGGGCUUGUUUAUGAUGUCACAAUCAAAAUUAUGGGAGAUGAAAUAGUCGGCUGCAGUGGAAUAUUUGCUGAUACUCAAUUGAUUUAUUCGCCAGUCUUCUUCAUGUUUAUGAUUUUCAAAUUCUGUUUGCCAAUAUGGUCGUUGCUAGCUGUUCUCGAGCCACUUCCUACCGGAAUAUCCUAUUCAGAAAUUCUAGCAACCAGCCACAGUGGGAGUUUAUCUGGUGCAUGCGGUGGCCAUUCUGUCGGCUCACCCUAUCGAGUCCUUCGUAGUUACGUCUUUGAUGACAAUGCACAUAUUUUAGGUCUAGGCAGUUCUCCUCGCAGUCGGAGUAACAGCGGCUCUACCAACUCUGACAAUUCAGAGUUCUCUGCACGCCAUUUGUUUCACGGUCGUGUGGUGCCGACGCUUUACAUUCCUGGGCACGGACACAUUCUACCUCCAGCUCCUCGUCCGGCUGCUCAAGGAUGGAACAACCCACGUGAUUACUGGCGAUCACGUCAACGAGUCAGUUCGUCGGGCCAGUUAUCAGCCAUGGUCAGAAAUCCUUCAUUAACCAUCAUUUCAGAAGAAAUCAACAGCCUGAAUGGAUCACCUAAUCAACCACAAUCUGAGCUUCAACGCACUUCGACACCGGUGCCCGAUGGCAACCGUCAAAAUUUGCUGGUCGACAUUCACAUUGCUGAAGACGAUAACGUCGAAGACGUCGAAGCGUAAACAAAAAAAUCUCCGGGAUUAUCGAAAAAUCUUUUCCACUAUUUCGUUUAUUUUCAAACCGUUUUUUGGACCGUCGAGUAUUCGUGACCUGUUUAGUCGCAAUGCUUUACCUCAAGUUUUUUUUAAAAAAAGUCAUUUAUUCUUUAGGAAAAUCAACAAGCACGUAAUAUUUGUUCUCUCUCUCUCUUUCUAGACAAAUAUCUCUCAAAAUGUUGAGAGCGUUUUUCUCACUUUUUCAUGACAAAAACCUUGCUCAGAAUAUCGCUGUGAAUGUUACGUUACUAUCGUCGCCUUUUAAAAAAAACUAACGAAUUUUGUGAUACACCUUUCGUAAUGCUUCCUUGAUGCGGGAUCUUCGUGUGUUGUAUCCAGUCAAAAACCGUGAAAAACUAUAAAUAACUUUAAUAGAUUUUAAUUUCUUUCAGUUUCUUUUUUCCAGAUCUCACACGAAAAACCCUCUGAAAAAUCUCUUUCCCCCAUCAUCCUAACCUUCUUGUUGACAUCGGAGGAAUCGCUGAAUACACAUGACUGUGUCUCUCACUCGCUUCCAUCCGUUGGACACAGAGAUAAAAACGUA